AUGGAUUUUUGCCCGUUUGCCCAAAUUAAUCUCAAUCCGCAGCACUGCGUUCCGACGCUGGUGGACGGCGGGUUUGCGCUGUGGGAAUCGCGUGCCAUCAUGUGCUAUCUGGUGGAGCGCUAUGGCCAGCGAUCGACCCAUGGCGGUCUGUACCCGCGGGACGAUCCGCAGCGCUGUGCGGUCGUGAAUCAGCGGCUCUUCUUCGACAUGGGAACGCUCUAUCAGCGCUUCGGCGAUUAUUACUAUCCGCAAAUCUUCGAAGGUGCGCCCGCCGUCGAAGCUGACUACAAGAAGAUUGCGGAAGCUCUCGGCUUUCUGGAGGCUUUCCUCGACGGUGGCGCACAGUUCGUGGCCGGGGGUGAUUGCCUGACGCUGGCCGAUAUCAGCAUCUACGCUACGCUGACCACCUUCGAGGUGGCCGGGUACGACUUUGGGGACUAUUCGAACGUUUCGCGGUGGUACAAACGCAUGGCCGAGGCCAUCCCGGGCGCGGAAACGAACCGUAGCUGGGCGGAAGCGGCGCGUCCUUUCUUCGACAAAGUAAAGCACUGA